AUGUCACGUCGAGCUCGUUCGUUAAGUCAUUUCCGUGGUACGACACCAGGACGCGAGGCAACUCCAUCUAUUUAUGAGUAUGGAUCAGCUGCUGAUGGUACUGGAGGACGCGGCUAUUCAACACGUCUUAAUGUUUACACUCCUGAUGUGUAUGGAGCAUUAUCUCGUGUGAGUCGAGCUACUUCUGUAGCUCGAUUCAAAGAUGUUGACAGUGAAUUACUCGGCAGUGAUUACAAUCGUUGGAACCGAUCCCGAUCGGUGGGUCGUUACGAUUAUUUGAGAGCAAAACGACCGUAUUCUGCAUAUGGUACACAUGAUUUCGAUUAUUUUGAUCGUUACACAGAACGUAUUCGGGAUAAAACACCAAUUGCUCUUGAUAGUCAUUACACUCAUUAUAGGCCUUAUUAUUGGUAUCAUACAGCACCGCGUACCUUUUACUAUCAUUUUCCAUACGAUGAUUGGCGUUACCGACCAUUUUAUACAUAUCGUUCACCUGCACUUUACUCUGCUGCAGGUAAUAAUUCAUCGUAUAAUUAUCGUUUCAAUGAUUCAAUCGAUCGCAUUAGUUCCCUCAAGCGGGCCAUGCGUGAUAUUGAUUAUACACGUGAAUUAAGACAAUUACGCUUUCCGACACCAUCAACAUUUUCGGCUAUUUCACAUGAUAGUCAAUAUCUAGAUCGAGCACGUGAAGAUGUUCGACGUACUAUUGAUUCUCGUGUUGGUAGUAGGGGUAUUUCAAGACUUAAUAAUCCACGAGAUUAUUUUGGACGAACGUUUGUUCGAUUUGAAAAAGAUGGUGUUAAUAAUGUUGGUGUUCAAUACAAUGGCUUAACCAGAACUGUCGAGCAUAAACCAAGUUAUUGGAAAGCAGAAGAUAAUCUUGAAAUGGGCUAUGAAUUACAAGCACAAAAUGAUGAUACAUUAAAUAAACUGUAUGAUAAUCAAGAUAGAAUCGAUGCGAGUCGUGAAUGUCUUUUACAAGAUAGAGCUGGUAUUGCUCCUCGAAUGUUUCAUUUUGAUAUGAAUUCUCGCCGUGCUCGUCGUGAUGUCGAUAAUACAUUACGUCUCGUUCGAAAUCUUAAACAAUAUAAACAUGAGACAUUUAAUCGAUUAUCACAACCGUGGUCAUUUGGGCGAUAUCUUUAUUAG